UGUCUGCAUCUGGGGGUGUCUCCUAAUAUUUAUCCCUAGCCGACAGACACCAUCACCGUCCCUAAUUCGUUGCCGUCAUCUCGGAAGUGGAACAACCAAACCCUUUUGCAGGGAAGAUAUAAUCUCGGAUGGACGCUCUUCAACAGCAUCACAGGUUCAUGAGACCACCACCACCACCACCACAACAACAACAAGCACCUCCAAUGGCCGAUCCUCAGCUGAGACCAUCACCGCCUCAGGGAACUUGGUAUUCUUCGCAGUUUCAGUACCCCACAUCACAAGUUCCUCCUCCUCCCCCACAACAGACGCCAUGGGUUACUCAUUCUGACCAUAACCACAUUCCUCCUGCUUACCCUUUGCAAUCCCACCAACAUGCCGCACAGCCUUAUCCUCCUGCGCAGCCCUACAACAAUCAGUACCUUCCUCCUCCUCCUCGACCCCACUUGCCUCUUCCUCCACCUCCUUCUCACCUUCCUCAUUCCCAUCCUAAUGCUCCUCAGGUCCAUCACUCUUACCCUCCAUCCAACCAGACAUGGGGAAAUACGAGUUGGGCUCACCACCAAGGUUGGGAAUAUUCUGACAGAAACAUGCCUCAUAACAAUGAGGAAGAUUGGGCUGCCAGGGCAAGAGAAUGGGCAGCUGCCAAAGCUGCCAUGGAAAAUCAGCAUUCACAGUCACAAUUUCCUCCAUCAGGAAGAUUGGAAGAGCACAGCAAUGUCUACCAUGAUCAGUAUCAACAAACUGUUGAUCCUCAUUAUAUGGAAAUGCAACAGUCAUCACUUCCUGCAUGGAGCCACCAACAGUAUCCUGUUUCUGGCACAAAUCUUCAUAGGUCCCCAGUAAAUCAUCUGCAGGAUUCUACAUCCUUUGGCUCUGGACAACCUUCUUAUGUUUCAGAUGGGCAUAUCUCAUAUACUGCUAGAGAUGGAGCUUUGCUUUCAGAUUCAGAUCCUGUAUUUGCUCAUCAAGGGAGUGCUCCUACAAGUUCAUCCAUUUAUCAGCAGGAGGUACCUUCUAGUUAUUCUUCUGUACAAGGUAAAGAGGAGACUGCAGAACAAGUUGAGCAGCUGCACCAGCAGUCAACUUUGCCCAAAUCAUCAGCUCAGGAGGGACAGCACCGUCUGCAGCCAAUCUUGCCUUCUAUAGGUAGAUUAUCUUCUGCAGAACACCCUCAUUUUACAUAUGAGAAUCACACUACUGAUGCUAUAGCAGAUCCGAGUGAUCUGCCUCUGGAUUUUGCACCGAGGUUUACUCGUGAGAAUGAUCCACAUCCCCAAGCUGGUUACGCACAUUCUGAUCCAGCAGGACAUGUAGGGAGUGUGGAUCCUAUUGUUGGCGUGUCUUCUAUUCAUGCUUGGACUUCACCAGCUGCUACAGGAGUGGCAUAUCCUCCAGUUCCACCAGGGCCACAGUUUGAAUCUUCUUUUGUUGCACCUUCUGUUACUGGUCAUUCUGCACCAGUCUUUGGGAGAAUUCCUGGACCAAGUUUUCGGCCUCCCAUUCCAACUGUGGGAGCUCCGUUUGGCCUUGGUGCUGGAGCUGCAGUUCAUCCUACACGAGCCUUCCCUGGAGAUGCAAAUGGGGUUCUUAAUGUUUCUGAGCGCCCCAAAAAGGCUUCAGUACCCAAUUGGCUCAGAGAGGAAAUAAUUAAGAAGGCUGUUAUCCCUAGCUCUGUUCAAGAGCAUCCAGAAGAAGAUUCAUUUCAAUCUGUUGGUGAUGAAAGUGUUGACAGAUCAUAUAAGAGAGGUGAUCAGGCAGACAACCGAAGUGUUGAUUCUUCUAGGUCAACUGAAGAUGAGGAUGACGAUGAGGAUGAUGUGGAAGCGGCAAGAACAGCUGCAAUCAACCAGGAAAUAAAGCGUGUUUUGACUGAAGUUCUUUUGAAGGUCACUGAUGAGCUUUUCGAUGAAAUUGCUACAAAAGUUCUUAGUGAAGAUGAUCUUUCAGUUGAAGUUGAUCAUGACUCUUCCCCACAAAAUCGUAAGGUGUCACCAUCUUCUUCAGCAGUUCCAACUCUCAGGGCUUCUGCUAAGGUUCUAGUUCCAGUUAAGGCCAAGGAAGCUGAAGCUGAAGCUGGUGAUGAUAGUAGAAAAUCUAUUUCCAGCUCUCCAGGUGAUGUAUUGGGCCUUGGAAGUUAUGCCUCUGAUGAUGAUGAUGAUGAAAUCCGAAGCUCCAGUGUACCAGAUUCUAAACAAACAGAUGCACAACGUCUGCAAUUAACCAAUGGUAAGCGUGCAGAGGAUGAUCCUGACUCAGUUAAAAAUGGCAGUUCAAAAGUUGAAGGGCCCAUCAAAGGUCGAACGGAUAUUGAGAGUCAUCAAAAAGGAACUAGCCGACAUGGUGCUACAGAGAAUGGGCUGGGUGAAGUAUUGGAUCAUGAGAAUGAUGGAACCUCUCCUCUCAGGAUGGUUGGAGAAGAUAAGAUCAAUGCUGACACUGAAAAGAUGGUGCAUUCAGAUGCUUUUGAGUCAAAGAAUGCUGUUGGAGAAAGAGAGACUAUAAAACCUGAGCCGUUGCCUGGAAACAGUAAGUUUAAGAAGUUAGUGGCAGAUGAUACUCAUGGUGGAGAAGCCAGAAAAAAGUCGGACAAAAAUUUUGGACAUGAUGGUGGUUCUUUGGGUAAAGACUUUGGUAAAGAGGGAGAAACUAAUAAAACCAAAACACAUGACAGACAUCUUGAUUCUGCUAAUACUAAGAGACGAGAUGAAAGGCAUGCAAGAAAGGAAAAGGCAGAUGACCGCAGUGCCUUGAAAGAGAGAGUGGAAGAUAGAGGUUCUAAAUCUGACAAAAAAGCAAAGGAAUCUGAUUCAAGAAAAAGUUCUUCUCAUGUCAACUGUAAGGAUGACAGAAAAGAAACUGAGAAAACUAAAAGGGCUAGUGGUAAAGAAGAUAAUAAUAGGAAAAGAGAACGGGCAAGAGAUGAGAGGGGAGAUAGAUCAAGACAAAAAACUGAAAAAGACUCUAGCAGGCAUAAGAAACAACGUUCCUCCUCAGUUAGCAGUAGGGGUAAAAAUAGUAAGGACAAUUCAGCAGGUGCCCGUUGCAGUGAUUCAAGUGAUGAAGUUUCUGAAGGGUCUGGCCAAAGGAAGAUGCAUACAAAACGACGCAGUUUGUCACCAUCACCUACGCGGUCUAGGAGGAGACAAGUUUCGCGGUCUCCACAUAGCAAGCAUUCUCAACGCAGGCAUUCCCCUUACUCUUCUCUCGAGACCACCAGGGGAACGAGGUCGAGGUCCAAUUCACCAGUCCGGAGGAGGGCAUUUCAGGUGGGUUUAUGGUUAGUUUGGCUAUCUGGGUUUCUCUUGAUUGCUCUUUCCAUCUACGCUGUACAGAGGUUGCCUUCCCUGAGAGAUCAGAUUACAAAGCCCAAGCUCUAUCGGAAAGGUUUAAGAGAUGUGACUGGGCCCAGCAUAACUAUUUUCUCUGCGCCAAGCCCCUUUAUUGGCGCGGUCGGGGCGAAGCAGAUCCUAGCGGUUCGAUCCUGGCUAGCUUUGUCUCCCCAUGUCACGGUCGUUCUGUUUGGUCAAGACCCAUAUCUUGUUUCCCUUGCAGCUACCCUUGGUUCCCGGGUUUCAGUUGAACCCAAUAUUGAUUUCACGUUCCUUGGUACUCCUUUCUUCCAUUCCAUGCUAGCAAGAUCAAAGGUAUCCACUUCAAACAUCUCUGUUGUUAUUGAUCCAGAGAUUGUUCUCCUGCCUGAUUUCAUCUCCACCUUGAACUAUGCUUACAAACUUGACCAUGAUUGGCUCCUUGUUGCUGCAUCACCAAAUGUUUCCCACUUCAUGUUUCAACUGGAAGAAGCAGGACAACACUGGCUAAAAGAUGGUGAAAGGAUUAAAUUUCAGAAGUUGCAGGAGUUAGUAGCUCAGAAACGGGAGUGGAAUUGUGAUGGGAGGAUGCUCAUGGCAUGGAACGCCGGAGAGCAGCCUCUUCAUUCCGGAGUACUUCCUCCUUUCUUAUAUGGGAAGGGACUUCACUAUCAGUGGGUGAUUAAUGAGGCAUUGUCAUCAGAUUUUAGAUUUGUAUUUGAUGCCAGUGAGGCCAUCUCAAGUUUCUACCCAGCUAAUUUGGGCAAUUGGCCUAACAAGUUUCCCAGAGGUUUCAGUGUCGCUGAUAUCCAAGAUAGAAGUUGGGAAUACAGCGUAAAUUCCUAUCUUGGGAGACGAUAUGGAUCGUUGUACUUCCAUGGAGCUAAUUUUUCCAAAAAUCUGGUAAAAGUUGUCAAAUGUGAUAGACAUUAUCUUUUCAUUGACACCAUAGAAAAUGUUGUUUAUCCUUUUGACGAGCACAACUCAUUAAGUUUACGGAAGGGAAGGAUCUCUAGAUCUAGGAGAGAGAAGAAAUGUACCGAGUGUGUGGAGUGUAGCAAGCCACCGGACAGAAUUAUGGAUUGCUCUUUUAUGGAGCAAUUGAAAUUAUCGACACCUCUGAUCCUUCCCUUCUCGUUAGAAUCACUCCUUUCUGUAAUUGCAGAUAAGGAUAAGACAGUUGUGCUUGCUGUUGCUGGAAAUAGCUACCGGGACAUGCUCAUGAGCUGGGUUUGCCGCUUACGCCAGCUACUGAUCACAAAUUUUGUGGUCUGUGCUCUUGAUCAAGAAACCUAUCAGUUCUCCAUAUUGCAGGGCUUGCCUGUUUUCAAUGAUCCUCUGGCUCCAGGUAACAUCAGCUUCAAUGAUUGCCACUUUGGCACAGAGUGCUUUCAGAGGGUGACUAAAGCGAAAUCUAGAUUGGUUUUGGAAAUACUCAAGUUGGGUUACAGUGUGCUCUUGAGCGAUGUUGAUGUCUACUGGUUUAAAAAUCCAUUGCCAUUUGUUCGCUCUUUCGGUCCUGCUGUUUUAGUAGCACAGUCUGAUGAAUACAAUGAAACAGGACCUAUAAACCUUCCUCGUCGCUUAAACUCUGGAUUCUACUUUGCUCAUUCUGACAGUAUGACCAUUGCUGCAAUGGAGAAGGUGGUGAAGCAUGCAUCAACUUCAGUCUUAUCUGAGCAACCAAGCUUCUAUGAUGUAUUAUGUGGCGAAGAUGGGUCCAAUCGUAUUGGUGAUGACAGAUGUCUUGAACCUGAAACUAAUCUGACCAUUCAUUUCCUAGACAGAAAUUUCUUUCCAAAUGGGGCUUAUCAAGGUCUUUGGGAUAAGAAAAAUUUGAAAGCAGCCUGCAGGAAGAAAGGGUGUGUUACUGUACAUAACAAUUGGAUAAGUGGAAGAAGCAAGAAACUUGAACGCCAGGUACUGUCAGGUCUAUGGGAGUAUGAUAGCAGCACAAGGAUGUGCCUUCAUGGCUGGGAUAGGAGCCAAACAAAGAGUCGGCGUAGGAAAAAACCGAGAGGAUCCUUCUGAACUUUGGC